ACAGGAUACUUCCUGUGACGGGUUUUCAACUUAAAUGCUCCCGACUGGGGCAAUCUAUGGUUAGGGUGAAAAAACUGAAAAAUAAACGAUGGCAGCACCGUCUCAUCAGAUCGUUGAAUAACCCUCGUCUCUCGCCGUACUCACGUGUUCAAACCCGGUAGUGAAAAGAAGAACACGCCGUUGACGGAGUUCGUUCAGAGCUGCUCUAACACAGUCUGGAUCAGUUAGGACCCGGUUCAGAUUCUGGUUUCGGUCUUAACCUGUGGAGUGUGACCUCAUGUCUGUGGUCGGGUGUGUACCUGGACAGUUUGAUGACGCGGAGGACAGCGACCAAUCAGAGGUGUCGGCUGUACUGAGUCAGAUCAGUGAUGUCACUCUGCAGCCUUCAUCAUCAUCAUACCAUCAGGAAGAGGACAGUGAAGAGGAGGAAGAGGAGGAGGAUGAAGAUGAAGAGUGGGCAUGGACCACAGCAGGAGGAGAUCUGACCAAAAGAUACAACAGGACGAACUGUCAGUCCAACAGACAGAAUCCGUCCAAUAAAACGCUGCCGUCGUCGACUCCAUCAGACAAAGCUCUGAGGAAAUACGAACACAAGAUCAACCUGGAUAAACUGAAUUACGCCGACUCAGUGAUCAAUAAAGUGACGACGAUGCAGAAACAGAGAGAUGCCGUCACGUACAGAGUGAAGGACAAAUCCGAUCGAGCCACAGUUGAACAGGUUUUAGAUCCUCGGACUCGAAUGAUUCUGUUCAAGAUGUUGAGUCGAGGAGUGAUCUGUGAAAUCAAUGGCUGCAUCAGUACGGGGAAGGAGGCAAAUGUUUAUCACGCAAGCACCUCAGCAGGAGAGAGCAGAGCCAUCAAGAUCUACAAGACCUCCAUCCUGCUGUUCAAAGACCGAGACAAAUACGUCAGUGGAGAGUUCAGGUUCCGUCAUGGUUAUUGUAAAGGAAACCCCAGGAAGAUGGUGAGAACCUGGGCAGAGAAGGAGAUGAGGAACCUCAUCAGGCUUCAGACGGCAGGGAUCCCGAGUCCAGAACCUCUGCUGCUCAGAAGUCAUGUUCUACUGAUGAGCUUCAUUGGAAAAGAUAACAUGCCGGCUCCUUUGCUGAAGAACGCGUCAUUGUCUGAGUCAAAGGCUCGUGAGCUCUACCUACAGGUUUUACAGAACAUGAGGAAAAUGUUUCAGGAGGCUCGACUUGUCCACGCCGACCUCAGCGAGUUCAACAUGUUGUAUCACAACGGAGACGCUUACAUCAUCGAUGUGUCACAGUCAGUGGAGCACGAUCAUCCUCACGCCCUCGAGUUCCUCAGGAAGGACUGCAGCAACGUGAACGAGUUCUUUGUGAAGCAUGGUGUGGCCGUGAUGACGGUCAGAGAACUGUUUGACUUCAUCACCGACCUGUCGAUCACCUGCCACAACAUUGAUCAAUACCUGGAGAAGGCGAUGUUGGUUGCAGCUGAGCGGACAUCAGAGCAGCGAUCAGAUCAGGACAGAGUGGAUGAGGAGGUGUUUAAGAAGGCCUACAUCCCCCGGACUUUGACGGAGGUGAGUCACUAUGAGCGAGACGUUGACCUGAUGAGGACGAAGGAGGAAGAGUCGGCCCUCUCUGGACACGAUGACAACAUUCUGUAUCAGACACUGACUGGACUGAAGAAGGAUCUCUCUGGAGUUCAGACGGUUCCUGCUCUCCUGGUGGACGACCACUCCUCAUCAGAAGAGGAAGAAGAAGAGGAGGAGGAUGAAGAGGAGGCAGAUGAGCAGGAGCAGAAUGAGGAAACCUCGAUGGACAGAAAGGAGAAGAAGAAAAUGGUGAAAGAAGCUCAGAGAGAAAAAAGAAAGAGUAAAGUCCCGAAACACGUGAAGAAGAGGAAGGAGAAGGUGGCCAAGAUGAAGAAAGGCAGAUGACUUCCUGUUUGUCAGCAUGGACUUCCUGUGUUCCACAAUUACAUCAAUCCCACAUAAACAUGAACCCAGACUGAACAUCCAGCAGCCAAUCACAGCUCAGAUCUGGCUCAACUCAACAUCCACUUAGACACCUUUUUCUGGAGCUUAAAGAUCAAGACGUGGUUGAAAGCUCUGGAAGAAGCCUCAGGAGCUGCUGCUAUGAUUGGUUUAAGACAUCACCUAGUGACGUCGAUGUGCUUCAGUAGAUCAAUAUCAGACAGAAGCUGAUCAACAAUUAAUAAAAGUUUUAAUCUGA